GGGGUCAGUGUAGUAGAUUGAUGGAUAAAAGUAAUGGAUGGAAAUGGGAGUGCGAUAUGUGUGUAGUUAGUGAUUGAAUUCAUUUUUUGAUAAACACAGACAGAUACACUUUAUACACUAAAAUUAACAGUGUUAAAAUCAAGAAAUAAAAAUUCAGUAUGCAUUGACAAAAUAAGCUUCAGCUGAUAACCGAUAAUACAAUUCGACUUCACAUUUUACUUUAAAACUAAAAACACACUAAACCUAAAACAUGUCUUUACCUGAACAUUUCUAAGUGUCUUUAGACUUUUCAAUCAGGCCCAGUUGUCAGCAUGCGCAAGGUGGCAUCGGCGUGUUUCCCUUGCUGCGUAAAAGCAUCCGACCAGGAAUCGGACGUCGGAAGCUACUUCGAGUAUGUCGUCCACAACCACUACAUAUACAAGAUGAAAAUACCGAAGCCCGACAAGCAGACAAGAGGCGAUAGACAGAUAUUUCGAAGAAGGAAAAGAAGAGGUAUCCAUCCAGAUUACAGUCGGUCUAAUACGGAGGGUGAUCUCCGUAUUGUGAAAGGCUCGGCCAGUGUGAGGGACUAUAAACGCAGAUCUUAUCCAAAAGACGUAUACGGCGAACCAAAAGAGUUUUCCAGCGAAGAUGAAGGCGAUUGGGAAGGUGAUCGUUUUUCAAAUAAUGAAAGAAGCUACUCGGCCGCAGACGUGCCGAAGUAUUCAGCUACAACGUCGCCGUAUUGCAAUGAAGAUUCACUCACUCCUGGAGAUCAAACGCACGACUCCAACUCGGCGUCAGAUCGUUCCGACUCUUCCAAGCACAUCCCACGUUACAAAGAUGGCCCCGAUGUUAGAAAGAAAAAUAAGAAGAACAAUUUCACUAGUGUGAGCAUUGCAGAUGCUUCCGGUAACAAAACACUUCUUAGACGCAUUUGACAUGUGACAAGUAAACAAAUGAAUACACAUA